GAAUUAAUUAGAAAUAGCAUCACAAUGAAAUGUUCAACAAAUCUUGCGAUUGUAGCUAUAUUCCUAUUAGACGGAAUAUGCUGUCAAUCCAUAGAGCUGCCCACUGUGCGUAUUGAAAUGGACGAAGUCGGCAUGCAUAGAAAACUAAAGUAUUCCGUUCAGUUCGAUAAUCAACUAUUGGGAAUGAAUUGUGAGUAUAUGCUUGCUCAACAGCUGCCAGCGGCAGUCUACGUUAGCACCGAUGAGUUGGACGACUUGCAACGCAUGGAAAUGCUGAAUGCAGUCUACCCGAAAUUCAUUGACAUCGAAAUUAUUACCGAAAAGGCUAAACCAUUCACAGUGCUAUUACGUGGAAACCCAAAAAUUACAGCUUCACAAUCAUUGCCCAUUCAUUUUCGUUAUCACGCAGCGAGCAAAAAACGCACCAAAGCCACGGUGGAAAUUAGCACGCCCAAAUUAUAUAUCAGCUGUCCGAUUGGAAAUAACGAAUUAAUUGACUCAGAACUUCUUGUCACAGAAAAGCAUUUCUGUCUUGAUAAACAAAAAAGCGAUUUUGUGGAGCAUCUGAAUGCGAUCAAAUCAGCAGACUGCUUGUGGCAGCAAGCAAAUGUGGACUACCAGGCUCAGUUGCCGCUUCGUGCUGAAAUUCCUGUGGGCGAUGCCAAUGAUUAUACGCUCGUUCUAUAUACAACGGUUGCUCUGAGUUGGGCAGCAGCUAUUUGGACUGUGCUGCGCAUUCACUCAGCGUCUCGUCGAAUCAAUAAUGAACUAAGUAAAAAGGAUUUAUAACACUGGACGAUCUCAGAGUACAGCAUCAAAUAAUUCAUCUACCUCUACAAGGGUAUACAAAUACAAUUUUUCCUAAUUAAUUUUAAUUAUAAUUAGCUUAAACUUAAUUAAAGCACUUUAUAUUAUUAUGUUUUACAAUAAAACCACAGUUUACAGUUUUAA